UGUCCUUGGCUUCGGAACGAUGGCGGAAAAUGAUGACAAAAAGACGGUUUUGGCGUAUGACAAACUUUAUGAAACACCGGAUGGAACUGACUGUAUUGGAAAAAUGCUCAGAGCUACUGCAAUGACUUCAUACAUCGGCAUGGUAUGGAGUGGGAUCGAUAUCAUUGGUUUAUCAAAACCAGCCACGGUGAUGGCAGGUGUUGUACGAGCUGGAAGCUUUAUAAUUCCUGCAGCUGCCAUUGGAGCUACGUACAGCGCUGCAACAUGCAUAUCGGGAAAAAUUACCGGUGUUGACGAUGGAAUCAAUCAUUUCUUCGGAGGCUGUGCUGCUGGGGUAAUCAUUGGAGCCAGAACGAAGAAAAUUGGUUAUGGAAUUGGUUUCGGUUUAGCAUUUGGUAUCGCUGGGUUUAUGGCUAAAAAAGCCUAUGUCGAGGAUGUCGGUAUUGUGUUGCGCCCAGGGGAUCGUAAACAUUAUCCGGACCAGGGUGGAUUCUUCCAUUACAGUAAUUCAUACGAUCCAUGGAGGAAAGAAGUAAAACGAACCUAACUUUAGCGGAAUUAGUUUCGAUUGUACACGUUUUUGUUUGGACUGGUAGAACAAGACAUUCUAGUCCAUGGCAAUUUUUCAGCCAAACUUAAAAAUGUUUGGAAAAUGAAGUAUGUUAUCUUGGUGAGGUGAGUCAAGCUGUGGGAAUUAGGUUUAUUCCUUAACCGUGGCCAAGGAAAAAGGAAAGUUUUUCAUGAUCCUGGCAAACAACUCAUCAAGAUUUUGUGAAGGAUUACAUCAGAAUAUUCUGUAUUACUAUCCUCGGCUCUGUGAUACUUCAAACAGAGAUGGUUGAAGAAUGUGCUUACAAUUACAUGUAGCCUUGUACAUAGUGCUUGUAAAAUUGACUUUUGUUGUGAAAUAAAAUGAUAAUUCCAUAA